AAGCAUACAUACAUACAAUACACGAACCAAAAUUCUAACAACUUCGCUAUCGCUCCCACACACUUUCUCGCCACAGCAUCGCCACAUUGUUUCAUCGAGAACUCCGACUUCCCACCUCCACCAAUUCGCCACCAUGCAAGCCCUCCAAUCCGCCGCCCUCCGCCCCUCUCCCCUUGAUCCCCUCCGCAAGCCGCAAUACCCUACCUCCUUACCCAGUAACAACGCCAAACCCCCGGUUAAAAGGCUCCCCUUCACAAUCUCCGCAUCCGCCUCAACGGUUUCGUCCCCCAAGCGGGAGACGGACCCCAAGAAGCGCGUUGUAAUUACUGGGAUGGGCCUCGUCUCUGUGUUCGGGAACGAUGUGGACGCGUACUACGAGAAGCUGCUCGCUGGUGAGAGCGGCAUCACUCCUAUAGACCGGUUCGAUGCGUCGAAAUUCCCCACGCGCUUCGGGGGGCAGAUUCGAGGGUUCAAAUCCGAGGGGUACAUUGAUGGAAAGAAUGAUAGGAGACUGGAUGAUUGUUUAAGAUACUGCAUUGUUGCAGGGAAAAAGGCGCUUGAGGACGCGGAUCUCGGGGGCGAUAGACUUGGGAAGAUUGACAAAAUUCGAGCUGGUGUUCUGGUUGGGACCGGCAUGGGUGGUCUUACUGUAUUUUCCGAUGGUGUUCAGGCUCUAAUCGAGAAAGGUUACAGGAAAAUAACUCCAUUUUUCAUACCUUAUGCAAUAACAAACAUGGGAUCUGCCUUGCUUGCAAUUGAUCUUGGCUUGAUGGGGCCAAAUUAUUCAAUUUCAACUGCUUGUGCUACCUCAAACUAUUGCUUCUAUGCGGCUGCAAAUCACAUUCGUCGGGGUGAAGCUGAUUUAAUGAUUGCUGGUGGAACUGAAGCUGCCAUUAUUCCAAUUGGCUUGGGAGGAUUUGUUGCAUGCAGAGCUUUGUCUCAAAGAAAUGAUGAUCCAAAAACUGCUUCGAGACCUUGGGACAAAGAUCGAGAUGGCUUUGUUAUGGGUGAAGGUGCUGGAGUAUUGGUUAUGGAAAGUUUAGAACAUGCAAUGAAACGAGAUGCACCAAUAAUCGCAGAGUAUUUGGGAGGUGCAGUAAAUUGUGAUGCGUAUCACAUGACUGACCCGAGAGCUGAUGGACUUGGUGUCUCUUCAUGCAUCCAGAGCGCCCUUGAAGAUGCUGGUGUUUCACCAGAGGAGGUUAACUACAUUAAUGCCCAUGCAACUUCUACUGUAGUGGGGGACUUAGCAGAGGUAAAUGCUAUUAAGAAGGUAUUCAAGAACACUUCAGGGAUAAAAAUCAACGCAACUAAGUCAAUGAUUGGGCACUGCCUUGGGGCUGCUGGUGGUCUGGAAGCUAUUGCAACAGUGAAAGCCAUUACAACAGGCUGGCUUCACCCUACAAUAAAUCAAUUUAAUCCAGAACCUUCUGUUGAGUUUGACACCGUAGCAAACAAGAAGCAGCAGCACGAGGUUAAUGUUGCUAUUUCAAAUUCAUUUGGAUUUGGUGGACACAACUCCGUUGUUGCGUUUUCUGCUUUCAAGCCCUGACCCUAUUUCAAAUCUGUUACUUGAACGAGAGAAAUCUUGCUUAUCGGCCAGCAUUGUACUAUUUUGUUCGUUUAGCAUUCCGAGCAAGGCGCAUUUGUUCUUUAGUGUGAUAAUGUUGAGUGUAGCUUUUAGUUUGAGGACAAUUGUCACUCCUUGGAAUUUAUGUAACACUCCUGCGGCUGGUUUUGGUGUGAAAAAAGCAUCAGUCUUUUUGCUUCAUUCUUGCUCCAGUAGACUGGCCUUUGGG